CCUGGUUGAUUGUCUAGGCUGCUGUGGGCUGGGAUCUCGCGGUGUUUCGCUGCUGACGGAGGACAGCGGAGAUGUUUGGAGUUUUUUAAUAUAAAUUUAUUUAUUUAAAUAAAAAUGGCCGCCGCGGAGCGCGGAGCGGACAGACUGGAGGAGGGACAAGAAGGUGAAGAGGGAGACCCCCAACCCUCAACCAGACAGAGAGACAGGUCACACAGUAAGACAAAGAAGCCACGCAGGGAGCGCCGUCAUGGUGACCAGGGGGCCGAGUCCGCGGCCUCAACCACCCCGUCAGCAGUUAGUGAACAGCCACCGGUGGGGGCGGAGCCACAGAGCCAGGUGGUAGAGCCAGUGGCGGGACCCUCAGACCAAGGGUCCGAGUCUGCAGGCUCUCCCAGGCAACGCCGCUCCAUCAUUCGAGACCGAGGGCCAAUGUACGAUGACCCGUCGCUGCCUGAAGGCUGGACCCGCAAACUGAAACAGAGAAAGUCUGGACGAUCUGCAGGGAAGUUUGAUGUCUACCUGAUCAACUCGGAGGGAAAGGCAUUUCGUUCAAAGGUGGAACUCAUUGCCUACUUUGAGAAGAUUGGUGACAAACAGACCGAUCCCAAUGACUUUGAUUUUACUGUCACGGGGCGCGGAAGCCCAUCCCGUCGUGAAAAGCGCCCUCCCAAAAAACCAAAAGUGGUGAAACCAUCAGGACGAGGCCGAGGGCGGCCCAAAGGCAGUGGAAAAAUGCGUCAGGCCACUGAGGGUGUGGCCAUGAAGCGAGUGGUUGAGAAAACUCCAGGAAAGCUGCUGGUUAAAAUGCCUCUUGGCAAGGCAGAGUCCUCCUCUGGAACCACAUCAAAGGUGGUGUCUCCUACCGCAGUGCCCAAGUCCCGGCCAGGCAGAAAGAGAAAAUCAGAACAGGACCUUCCACCUCCACCCAAGGCCGCUCCCAAAAAACGAGGAAGGAAACCAGGAUCAACCUCUGCACCAUCAUCAGUCACUGCUGCAUCCACGUCUUCAACCACAGCCUCUGGUAGCUCAACAGCUGGAAGCUACACUGCAGCUGCCAUUAUGGUGGCUGAAGCCAAAAGGAGAGCGGCUAAGGAGUCUUCCACUAAACCUGUUGUCCAGGAAACAGCUCUGCCAAUCAAAAAGCGCAAAACAAGAGAAACUGUGGAAGAGAUGGAGAGUGUUCAGGCUCCACUGGUUACACCUGCUGAGACUGGAAGCACCGGUGCAGCACAGGAAAAGGGAGGGAAGGUGGAGGGAGGUCCAAGCUCAGACCCAAAGCCUACAUCCACUGUAGGAAGCCAGUCAGAGAAGCAACCCUCUGCUUCAGAUGAGAGCCAUUCCCAUGGACACAAGUCACAUAAGUGCCAGAAGCACAAGGAAAAAAGAGAAUCUGGAGAUGAAGGAAGCAAAGGAAAGGAUGUUGGUGAAGAUGAAGGAGGGGGUGGAAGGAGUAGCAGCAGUAGUAGCAUCAUCCCUUCAAAAAGCCACAAAAGGAAGGAACGACAACCUCAUAAACACCAUCAUCACCACCACCAUCACCACCACCAUCAUCGCUACCAACAGUCCUCUGGCUCACCAUUAGAUCACCCGGCUCCUCUAACAGUUUCUGAAUCACCUCCUAGCCAACCCAGGCCUGAAGCUGAUCCCCAGACUGUGCCUCAUCAAACCCCUGAAAAAAAGGUUCCCCCCAAACCACACCAAAAGUCUGUGCCUCGGCCCCCUCCUGAAUCUCUGCAACCUGUUUCUCCAUCACACCACCAGCCCCAUUCCUGUCCUCAUACCUCGUUACCACCACAAGCCCAUAGUCUGCAAGUAUCCCAGUCAUCCCCCACCAGACAUUUACUGCCUGAGGCACAGUCCCUACAACCCCAAAUCCAAACCCCUAGUCACCCAUUGUCUACCAACCAGUCAGCCCAGUCACUCUCCACAGCCCAGCACCAAAGCCACCAUCAGACUCUACAUGAUCCACCCAAGUCCCCACCUAUUCUGCAUGCUCAGCCAUCUCAAACAAGGCAUUCACAAUCACAGGUCCAGUCCUCCACUGCACUCCAGCCUCAGAUCCAGCCUAGACAUUUGCCUCAUAUCCAAUCCCAGAUUAAACAAUCCCACCCUCAGACCUCAGUUCAGCCCCAACUCCGACCCCAGCCAAGAAUUCAAACACAACCUCAGUCACAAUCCCAAACCAAGACACCACCCAAACUUCAGUCCCAAUCACAGGCAACAAUUGAGAUGCAACCACAGACUCAAUCCCAAGACAGAUUACCUACACAGAUUCAAAGUCAACCCCAGACCAGGCCUCUGACACAAAUUCAGAGUUUACGUCAGACUAGGACACCAACACAAGUCCAGAGUCAACCCCAGACUAGGACACCAACACAAGUCCAGAGUCAACCACAGACUAGGACACCAACACAAGUCCAGAGUCAACCCCAGACUAGAACACCAACACAAGUCCAGAGUCAACCACAGACUAGGACACCAACACAAGUCCAGAGUCAACCACAGACUAGAACACCAACACAAGUCCAGAGUCAACCACAGACUAGGACACCAACACAAGUCCAGAGUCAACCACAGACUAGAACACCAACACAAGUCCAGAGUCAACCACAGACUAGGACACCAACACAAGUCCAGAGUCAACCCCAGACUAGGACACCAACACAAGUCCAGAGUCAACCCCAGACUAGAACACCAACACAAGUCCAGAGUCAACCACAGACUAGAACACCAACACAAGUCCAGAGUCAACCCCAGACUAGGACACCAACACAAGUCCAGAGUCAACCACAGACUAGGACACCAACACAAGUCCAGAGUCAACCACAGACUAGAACACCAACACAAGUCCAGAGUCAACCACAGACUAGAACACCAACACAAGUCCAGAGUCAACCACAGACUAGGACACCAACACAAGUCCAGAGUCAACCACAGACUAGGACACCAACACAAGUCCAGAGUCAACCACAGACUAGGACACCAACACAAGUCCAGAGUCAACCACAGACUAGAACACCAACACAAGUCCAGAGUCAACCACAGACUAGAACACCAACACAAGUCCAGAGUCAACCCCAGACUAGGACACCAACACAAGUCCAGAGUCAACCACAGACUAGGACACCAACACAAGUCCAGAGUCAACCCCAGACUAGGACACCAACACAAGUCCAGAGUCAACCACAGACUAGGACACCAACACAAGUCCAGAGUCAACCACAGACUAGAACACCAACACAAGUCCAGAGUCAACCACAGACUAGGACACCAACACAAGUCCAGAGUCAACCACAGACUAGGACACCAACACAAAAUCAAAGCCAACUGCAGACAAGGGUUCCAGCUCAACCUCAUCCUCACUUGCAAUCUGGCCUUCAGGUUUUGCCUCAGACUCGUAUGAGACAGACCUUGCAACACCAUGUCCCAAAUCCUCAUGGAGCUCCACCCAGUCAAUGUCCCACCCAGCCUAGGCCACCCAUUCCCCAAUCCCAAACACAUCCACACUUUCAAAGCUUUCAAACCCAGUUGCAUCCCCAGUCCCUCUCUCAACACACAAGGCUACAUGCGCAGAACCUUGUUUCUCACAGACCAUCAUCAUCCAGCCACGCCCAUCCCAUUUCCGUCCCUGCUCAGCAGAACCAGAGUGAACAGCCACAGGACCUGAGCACCACACGGCCUGCCCUGGAGAGCCAGUUCCCAAGAAGAGACGCCAGCAUGGAGGGCAUCAGGAUGGAGGGAAGAGGAGAGCUGCUCUCAGCAUCAGAUACCAGAGAAGUUUUAGGAGGUGAAAGAGGGUCAAACAGCACAUCAAGACCUUCCAGCUCUGUGCCACCUGGGCCUCCUGGAGUAGCAGGGUCCAGUCUUGUGCCUGGAGCAGACGGUAGGGCUCGACUGAGGGUGGAGCCAGAGGCAGCAGGUGACAGCAAGGAGCUCAGAGACAUUGUCCCACAGUCCACUGUUCCCCGUCCCAGCUGUGAGGAAACCGUGGAGUCGCGAACUGCUGUCAGUGAAAGAGUCAGCUGAUUGGUUGGUCAGGUGGAAGGCAAGCUGACUGGUGACCUUAUAGACGAGUCGACCCCAGACGGAGGAGUAUGGCCGCGCUGUUCAUGGAGAUGUUUGGACCUCACUCUGUUUUCAAACAGAAGCUGGAAGAACCGUCACAGUUUCUACUGUUGGAUUCUGUCUGGAGACUUUGUGAAGUUGUAGGAGGUACAGCCAGUUGGCGCUGAAGGACAGAUCGAGAGGGGAACGAAUAGAGUCUUUUUCUAGAAGAAAACAAAUGAAAAGGAAAAAUAAGAAAAAGUGUGUGUGUGUAUAUAAUCUAAAGGCAGCUGUUGCAUCCUGUUAGUCUCCAUACGGAGGUGGAGAGUAGUUUGGAACUAAAAACCGUCGCUUAACAACACAUUACUCUGAUAAAAUGUUGCUUCCGGAAUAUAACCUGUUUUUUAUUUAGUAGUUGGUUGUUUUGUCUUUGUUAUACAGCUUUAAGAAGUAAUAUUACCAACAGCCCUGACUCUAACAUGGCCCACGGUGACUGACAGUCCUUUCCUCAAACCAGUCCUUGACUGAAAGUCUACGAGGCAAUGCGCCGCGGCGGUUUGCACCUUAAAUUGGUUUCUUAAAAAUUUCUCAUCUUUAUUUUUCAAAGUUUUCCAUGAAACCCUAAAAAGCAGAGGCUUUCUUUUAGUGUUCUCAGUUCUUGCGCUUAUUCUUGCCUCUCUCCAUUUUGCCUGAGAUCAAAAGUGUUAAAGUUCUCAGUCCUCUUCCAGAUUUCCUCAGACGCGUCAUGAAUCUGGAACCAGCUGGAACCCCGACGGCCUGAUUCAGAAGGAUUUCAACAGCUUGAGGAGUUCAUGGUUCCUCUCAGCUGAUUUAGGAUCUGAUGAAUCCGGCCGAUAAGAAAAGCUGCUCAUUGGUGUUUCAACAUUUCCAGUUCAGCCAGUUCUUCCAGGAUUUUUCCUAAACUGGUCUUCAUGGACUUGUAUGUUUCUCUCAAAUUUUGUUUCUACCGUGAGCACUUUUGAUAUCAAACCAAACCCAUGCCUACAGUAGCUUUAUUUGAGUUCUUUUGAUAAUGAAUGUGUGGGAAAGGACCCAUUCUAAAUGUGUCUUUACGUCAGAUGUCUGGAACAGUUUGCACAUCUCAACUUCAUACAAUCAACCCCCUGCAUGUCGCUCAGAGACCCUGCAGGCCUUCAACCGGGCUCCGCGUUCGCAGAGGCCAACCUGGCUCAGCUUCACGGUCCAGCUCUAACCAGGAAAGGUGAUUCCGAUGGAUCCGGCUGUGCAGAGAGGACGGGACUGUGGGCUUUUCCCUUCAGAUCUGAGAGUCACAGUUAGGAGGUAUCGGGAUGCUUUCUGAGCUGCAGUCUUGAAAUGGUUCGAUCAGUUCUUGUUGCUGAUGACUCAGGCACUCACUACGCUGAGAUUCCUUGGCACCUUUACUUCCGAAUCCACAUGGUGUUUCAGGCGUUCUUAACAAACCCGUAGAUGGUAUCAGAAGGAAAUGUUUGGCUAGUUCUUGCUCUGUGGUCGUUUAGUGUCUGACCAACAGCCCAAUCUCACCACUAAGGACACCCAGCAACACCUUCAGUUCAAUCAUCUGUAUUGCUGUUACUCCGACUGCACCAAGUUCACCAGGAACGUCUAACACCUCCAGUCUGAAAACAGACAUCGUGAGACGCCACUCUCUGUUUCCAUCAAUGUUUUUUCAUGUCCGUUUUGAAGUGUCGCAUUAGAAAAGGUUGAUGGAAAUGCUAAAAUUCAAAAUAACUUCCUCAAUUUCCCAAACAACUUUUUACGCUCGCGUCAGGUGAUUUUUGGCUCUUCCGAAAAAGAGUUAAUGCGCUAAAGGAGAGAUGGAAGCAACAAACUUUCCUAUCCACAGUUCGGUUUGUGUUUUACCAGAGGUACGAAACCUGGAGAAAUUCAAAAGUCCAGGCCUCCAGCACAAAGUGGAGGACUAUUUUUUUUCUGAGAUGUGCGGUCCAUGCUAGUUUAUAACCUCUACUUCCUGCUCAUUCGCGCCAUGCGUAGUGUCAACAUCUGACGAAAUAACGCUUUGAGUAACUCGGAUGCUCGAGUCCCGUCCUCCAGAGCUACCGUCCUGCAACUUGUAGAUACAUCGUCACUCCAACAGACCGGAGUCGGCUCUGAACAGGCCUGGGAACCAGCCAGUCAUUGGUUCAGGUGUGCUGGAGCAGGGAAGCGUCUGAAAGCUGCAGGCCGGCUCUGGACGACUGGACCUGAGCGGUCCUGCUAUGGCCUGAAUGAUUCAGGGAUAAUUUGUUUUUCUUCUUCUUUGUUGCAACAUUUCCAAUUUGCAUGAUGUAAUUCCCCAUCGCGUCACAUAGACUUUCCUCAAAAGUAAUCAUGUAGAUAUGUAAACUGGACAGUGGCAGUGGACUAGUUCAAGUAAAAUAUCAAUAUUUCUGUCUGAAUAAACAUCUUUGGUCAGGCGUCUCCAUCAGUGAGCGCUGACUUUGGCUCUUGGAUGAAGUUUGUGGGCCUUCGGCGUCUCUGAGGGAUUAUUCUGUAGAAUCAUCACGCAGAAACCAACACGUUUUCAGGAAGUCAACAGAUGACCUGUGACCUGCUGGAGCUUCCUGUUAGGGUUCUGUGACUCUCUGACCUGAACCUCCCAGUCUCUCUUGGUUCUGGAUCCAGUGACCCGGCUCGCUGUGAGCCCCUUUAGUAGCCCGGCCUCUGCCAGCUGCUCGCCACCGCAGAAACGUUCCUCUCUGAUUGGACCCACUCCACUGACUGGACCCAGCACAAUCUACAGUAACCAGCCACCAUAUUGCAUGUUCCAGAGUUUAGUGCCUAUAUUAAUAAUAAUAAUAAUAAUAUUGUGUGUCUUGCCAGAAGCCACCAUGUCAGCCGAGCCAUGUUGUGUUUCUAGACCUUAGUAGUAAUGUGUGUGGUGACUUCAUAGUUGCUAAUAUUGAGGAUGAAUAUUCUGCUUUUACUCUGGUUGGAAUUCAGUGAAGCUCCAGAAAACACCGUCGCUGUAGAAGAAACUAGUUUUUACCUGUUUUCUUAUUUUUGUUUCUAACUAAAACCAUUUGUUGUCCCUGA